AUGAAAGCUGGUGCAGCUGAGCCCCGCUUAGCGCUAAAGCUCAGCGGAGUGCCUCGAUCGAGCUGUCGUCGAGCUGCGGUAACGGAGCUCUUCGGACGCAUCGGACCGAUACGUCGCUGUCUGGUGCAACCGAAAACAGGUGAGGCCUAUAUUGAGUACAUUCUCACUAGAGACGCCGAACAGGCCUUGAAACUUGUGCACCAGAGACAGUUAGCAGCAGUAGCAGUAGCAGCAGCUUCGGAGCCUGCGAGCAACCUCAGCGACAGCGUCUCUGAGCUAGUGCGUGCCACUUUGCAAGCUGCACUGGUUCCAGCGCAACGCGGGAAAAACCCGCUACAGCGUACCACUGAGCGGUCUGAACCAGUCAGACGACCCGUUGAAGGAGCACUGCCCCUACGCACGGUACGUGUUCGACGACGGGAUGCGGCCGCCUGGAGCGUUGCCCAAGAGACGCGCUUUCGCAGCGUCCUAGAGCGAUUCGGCACCCAGGUAUGGACCGGGGCAUCGACAAACGGCUUGAGUACGGCAACGGGUGCGCUCGCACCGACCUAUACCCAAGAGCGAGAGCGGGAGCUCAUUUUACCAACCUGGGUGGAUGCACGGAACGUCUGUGGCAUGUUGCACGACCUGGUGCUGGAACACGAACCUAGUACGGAUCAGCGCGAAGGACUCAGUGCCCAGAUUGUUGGUAUCAGCACGAGAAAGCAGUGCCGGGUCAUUCUUCGCAAUCUUCCCUUUAGAUUUUCAUUGGAUGCGUUGCUGGAGCGUUUACGCCAGGUUGGACCUCUGGUUGCAGUAAACGUGCCUCGCAAAGCAGCGUCCACCGGAGGGGCGUCCUCGGAUACCUGCUGGGCUGGCUACGCUUUUGCCGAGUACUUUACCCGGGCGGACGCAAACGCUGCAGUCCAGCGCCUCAAUGGACAGUCGUUCUGUGGGCGCGUGCUUGCGUUGGAUCGGGCGCUUUCGCGCGAUGACUACCGCGAGCGGCAAGCGUCGACCGCAGACAACGCAUCCGAUGCAAGCCGGGACUCAAACGCUAACACUGAAGGAGACGGUCGCGCAUCUUCGUCAGAGGCAUGCACAACAAAGGUGGUGCACGCCUCCCACGAAGCCGACACCCCUGCGAGUGCGUUGCCUGCAGAGACAGCCGCGCAGACGCCGGUUGCAGACGGUGCCCAUGCCCCCAGCGAUCGAUCGCGAAAACGUCAACGACCGGCAGCAACAACAACAACAACAACAACAAGAAUAGAGCGUUUGGAGGCGAGUUCCAGCGACUCGAUGCAACCCGAGGCGGAUCAGGCAAAGCCACUUCAUACGUCCUCUGGACGCGACGGUGAAGCGUCUCGAGUCGGCGCUGGCACCUCUGAAGAUCGAGCAAGAGCCAUGCUCGCGUGCACACUCUUUGUGCGUCAUGUACCGUUGGAUGCAACAGCCGCUCAAGUCAAGGCGCUUCUGGAGCCCUACGGACCUAUUCGGUACUGUGCUCUGGUCCGCGAUUCGAUUACGGGACUCCCACGCGGUCGAGCUUUUGUCUGUUUCGCGGAACGCGCAUCCGCUGAACGCGUCUUGAACGAGGCCUCCUCUGACGCACCCGCCUCUCUCCAUGAAUCUGCUUUCCAACUCCAUGGCCAGCGUUUACAGUUCAGUUGGGCUUUAUCGCGCACGGACGUCGCCCAGGUCGUCACCCAGAGACAACAGUCCAUGCUGACACGAGCGCAUCACUCGGAUCGUCGUAAUCUUUAUCUCGCCCUAGAGGGUGUCAUCGAACGCCACCAACCGGCAGCAGCGGGUCUCAGCGAGUCCGAGUUGGCGUUACGAGAGCGCCUAGAGCAGGCGAAACAGCGAAAACUACGCCGCAAUCCCCAUACCUUUGUAUCCCGGACACUACUCAGCGUUCAUAAUAUUCCGCGCAGCCUGCGUAUCGCUCAGAUCAAGGCGAUUUUUGCCCAAGCUGGAGCAUCGACUGAAACCGACGCCAAACCAGCCGUCAUCAAACAGGUGCGCAUUGCUCGGGAACGAAGUCGCAAGCAACGGGUAUGUGCGUAUGCAUUUGUAGAGUUUGCAACGCACGAUGCAGCGCUUCGAGCUUUGCGACUCGUCAACAAUAAUCCCAACGUGUUGCCUGCUCCGCACCAGGGGCGACGCCUGAUCGUACAAUUUGCGAUUGAGGAUGAGCGAAAGCUGCGGAUACUUGCAGCAGCCCGUGCUCAAAAGCAGCAUUCGCACAGCGCCCCGAAUGCAAUGUCAUCGACAACUAGGGAAUCGUGCUCCAGACGCACGAGUCCAGGCCAUGUCUGCUGA